UUGUGGACGUCGGCUUUAACCCCUUCUAUUGAAUUUAGGUACUUCAAGUUCAUUCGUAACGUCACAGGAAUUGACGCGCUUGAGAGAGAAUAUGGAGACGUUUUUUCCUACGACCGAACUCCCCGAGCUCAGAUUUUCAGAAGAGAUCAGGAGAAGGUAACCGAUCUCCCCAGCAUGUAUCGUUUGAUGAGAUACAACGACUUCACUCGCGAUCCUCUGUCACAAUGUAACUCCACUCCACCCUAUACUGCAUUUUUUGCGAUCGCUGCACGCGGUGAUCUCAAUGACCCUAAUGGCUCCUAUCCACUUCCUUUUCUUGGCUAUCGUCUCCAUGGGAGUACUGAUGUUAAGCUUGUCAACUUAGCUAUGGCCAAAUCGGUAAGGUGGGGUGGGGUGGGUCUGUUUCACCUAGCUUUGCAGGUGGUUCAUAAACAAAGGAAGCUUGCUUUAGCUACUAAUUGUGCCCUAUCAGUGUCGGUUGGUAGUUGCUUGCGCUAA